CGCAAACCGACUUCCGCAUCGCUCGCUCUCGUGUUACGUUGUUCCAGCUACUUUCGUAGUUCAGUUCACCUUCAGAUAUUCCAUAGUCGACAAAACGAUCCGCACAGCAUCUAAAGAUGAACUAAAGACGAUUUUAAAUAAGAGAUGACAGAUCCGGUAGAAAACCGGUUAUAAAAAUGGCAUCGCCUGUAAUGGAUUUCUAUAAUGAAAAAAACAUAUUUAUUACUGGCGGUACCGGUUUCGUUGGAAUCUGCUUGAUAGAAAAACUGCUGAGAUCCUGUCCUGACAUUAAAAAUAUUUACUUGCUGAUACGCCCGAAGAAGCAGAAAGACAUCGCAGAAAGAUUGACAGAGUUGACACAAAAUUCGGUUUUCAACAGGUUACGAGAGGAAAAGCAAACUGAUUUGUUCAAGAAACUAAUCGCAGUCACCGGGGAUGUUGGCGAAGAAAAUCUAGGAUUAUCUCUAGAAGAUCGUGAAACUUUAAUUAAUACAGUGCAAGUUGUCUUUCAUGCAGCCGCCACGCUUGAUUUUGAAGCUGAUUUGAAAACCACGACGAAUAUCAAUUUAUUGGGAACUCGAAGGAUCAUUCAACUGUGCCGAGAAAUUAAUGAUUUUAAAGCGUUGGUGCAUAUUUCUAGCGCAUAUGUUAAUUCCAAGCUACAAAAUGUUGAUGAAAUAUUGUAUCCCGCGCCAGCUGAUGCAAAUGCAAUCAUCAAAUUAGUUAAUGAAUUAGAUAUCGCUGCUCUGGAAGCAAAAACAUCGGAGAUAUUGAAGAGCCAUCCUAAUCCUUAUACAUUCACAAAGCAUUUGGCCGAACAUGAAGUAGCAAAUGGAGGAUUACCAGCGGUUAUCGUGCGACCUUCAAUGAUAACAGCAGCAUGGAAAGAGCCUGUCCAGGGAUGGACAAUAUCGAAAAAUGGGCCGCAGGGCUUUUUAAUGGGCGCCAGUAAAGGUAUUGUAAGGAGAUUGCCAGUUGCAGAACGUCUUAUUUACGAUUACAUUCCAGUAGAUGUUGUAGUAAAUAGCCUUAUCGUCGCAGCGUAUGCCGUCGAUCGUGAUAGCGAUAAAGGAUUAAAGAUAUACCAUUGCACAUCAAGCACGUGCAAUCCAUUCCGGUGGAUUGAGGUGCAGAAAGAAAUUAACAUCUUUUUGCACAAAUAUCCGUUAAAAAGUGCCGUGUGGUACCCACAUUUAAAGUUUUUACCGUCGCUCUUAUUAUUCAGAAUCUCCGCCAUUUUUUUUCAUUUUAUACCGGCGUACAUCUUGGACACAAUUACAAAAUUAUGCGGAGGCCGUCCAAUUUUAGUUCGCCUGCACACAAACGUCAGCAAAUCAUUAGGGCGUCUUGAAAGAUUUAUCUUUAAUGAGUGGAAAUUCAAUAAUCCACAUAUGUUGCAAUUGAACGAAUCGUUGUCUCCGGAUGACAAAGAAUUUUUCACCUUGGACAUCAAGUCGUUGGUUUGGGUAGAUUAUUUUUGCAAUUUAACGCAAGGGGUUCGAAUGUACCUGAAUAAGGAAUCUCCGAAAUCUUUACCGAAGGCACGUUCCAAAGAUAAAAUAUUGAUGGUUGCUCACCUAGGCUUACAAGCUACUCUGCUUGGUUUGAUUUGGUGGCUGGUUAAGGUCUCUUUUACCACAACAUGGACAAAAACUGGUUUAAUUGUACCGAUAAUUUAUCUGCUUUUCGACCAAUUAUAAGGUGAUAUAUUUAAAUAUACAUUAAACAUAUAUAUAUAAUAAAAUUUAUGGCUUAAUAUAUAUAUAUCAUUUUUUGAUACGUUAUUUGUAUGUAGUAGAGGAAG